AUGAUUCAGCUGACACAGGAGGCUUUGCUAACCUUGCUUCGAGAUGCGUCCACACGAGCUGCGGCUCAAGCCGUGGCCCAAUUUGUGGCGCAACAACCAGUGAACCCGCCCCCUCCUUCCCCUCGCAGAAGUCGAGAACUAUCCUCGGCUCCCGAGGAGGAGGAGCAGAGGCGAAAGGAAGUAAACAGUUGGAUUUCUAGACGUAGUACAAAACAAACUCAAGAUCGAAAUCUCCCUAACCCCCCCCCCCCACUAACUCGGGGAGCCGAGGAUUCCUACUUGCCGUUGGCUAUGGCACCUUCGAGACGAAGCCCAUUUACCUCCCAUAUUCUGGCCGAGGCGCUCCCAGUCGGUCUCAAGGUGUCGAAUUUACCAGAAUAUGAUGGGGCAGGAGAUCCACAAGAAUACUUAGACAAAUUCUAUGCCAAGAUUGACUGGUAUGAUCUGAGUGAUGCCGUAUACUGUAAAGUCUUCCGCACUACACUUUCGAAGCGCGCGUUGGCUUGGUUCAACCAACUGCCCGCUGGAACUAUUUCCAGCCUCGAGCAGUUGGCUCAGCAUUUUUUGCACCACUUCUCAAUGAACAAAAAGAUCCCAAAAACAGUGGCAUACCUAUUCACUGUUCGCCAGAGAGAGGGUGAGACCCUGAGAGACUUCAUGCAAAGAUUCGUAGAUGCAGUUCAUGAGGUCCCUCACGUCAAUCAAGAGAUGUUAGCCAGUAUCGUCCAGCAGAAUCUACAACUGGGAAGAUUUAAGGAAUCUAUAGCCGGCAAACCCCCUAACACUAUCGAGGACUUAAUUGUGCGUUCACAAAAAUACAUCCGCAUAGAGGAGUCGAACGCGAUGGAUCCUUCCUUCAACAACAAAAGGAAGGGUCGGGAAGAAGAGAAAGAGUCGAAGAAGAAGAAGGAACGCAAACACGUACCUCCAGUUGGUUUGGCCCGCUAUACCCUUUUGAAUGCCCCCAGAGGUGAGAUAUUAGUCGUAGCUGAGCAGCAGGGACUGAUCAAUCAAUGGCCGAAAAAGAUGAAGGACAAUCCUAAGAGGUUCAAAUCCGACAAAUACUGCCGUUUCCAUCGAGACAGAGGGCACACAACGGAGGAGUGCCACCAUUUGAAAAAUGAGAUCGAAAAGUUGAUUCAAAGAGGAUAUUUAAAAGAAUAUGUCAAUCAGGGACCCAAGCACCAACCCCGGGACUCAACCUCCAAACAAGCUGGGAACGGCAACAACCUCCCCACGGCAGGGGUCAUCGCCGUGAUUUCAGGUGGCCCCGCUGGGGGCGACUCGGCCAAUGCUAGAAGGGCCCUCACUCGAGCAGCUAGGGGGAGUCACGCGCAAACCCCUAUCCAAGUUCACACCAUUAGAUCGCUGCAAGAGGAUGACAUUUCAUUCGGCCAACAAAACUUAGACCCAACGAGGAAUCAAAAUAAUGACGCCUUGUUAGGGAUUGAUAACGCACAACUUCGGAAGGUGACACCCCUCUCACGGGUUUUAGCAGUGACAUGA